AUGGAAAAAAAGGAAAAAAAAACAAAAACAAAAGGAAUAUGCGCGCAGUGCUUGGAAUGGCUCAACUCCAAGGAACCAAAUUCUGUAGUUUAUAUCUGUUCUGGAAGUAUGGCAACCCCUACUGAAAAACAAUUACAUGAAAUUGCAAAUGGUCUCGAAAUCUCCGGUCAGAAAUUCAUUUGGAUAGUUAGAAAAGGCAAGAACCAAGAAGAUGAAAAAGAAAAUUGGCUGCGUGAAGGAUUUGAGGAAAGAACAAAAGAUAAAGGACUAAUCAUUAGAGGGUGGGUACCCCAACUUUUGAUUCUUGAAAACAAAGCAGUAGGGGGUUUUGUAACCCUAUGCGCCAGACAGCGCGGAGCGAGCCGAUGA